UUUAAUUACCGGAUCAUUUAUUUUAUGGCUGAUUUCUUAUUUAUGCUGUAUUUUUUAGUUGGAGUUUCAUUUAUUUAUUUAUUUAUGUUUCAAGAGAAUAUAUAUUGUCCUGGGGUGGGGGAUUUUGAGCUAUAUAGUCAUGAAAUGGACUAAUUUUUUACCACAAAAAUCUAGAUCUUUUUGGGAGGUUGGUGAAUAGGGUGUACACUGGAAAGAGCAAUUUAAAGGGCAUAUAGGGAUGCAGAAGAGUGGAACGAACCGUCAGAUUUCGUCGAUUGGGUCUAUGCCUUGGUGGGUUGCUGCUGGAUCACAAGAUGAAAUGAAUUCAUCGAAUCUCAAUCAAAUCGAUUGGAUUGGUGAGCACCAAAAAUCGGAGCACAUAAUGAAUGGAGCAUCUGAGAAAGAAAAACAAGGGGUCUUCCAUUUUUCCUUUUCUGCUGAGGAUAACAAGAACUCUAUAAAAGAAAACAAUGGCCGUGAUCAUCAAAUCAACAGUUUCCAGCAGUUCCCUCUUCCCCAACAGAAGAAUUAUGUUGAGCUUGGACUUGGUCAGCCAAUGGUGUAUGCAAAUCAUCCUCUUGAUCAAUGUCAUGGAUUAUAUGCAGUUUAUGGGACUCAGCCAGCGGGGCGAGCUAUGCUUCCAUUUAGUGUGGCAACUGAAGAUGGGCCUAUUUAUGUAAACCCUAAACAGUAUCAUGGGAUUAUGCGUCGCCGAAAAAUGAGAGCAAAGGAAGGGUUGAAAAACAGGUCAACUAAGGAUAAGCCAUAUGUUCAUGAAUCUCGGCACCGCCAUGCAUGCCGUCGAGCAAGGGGUGCUGGUGGACGCUUCCUCAACACCAAGAAUCUUGAGAAUGAGAAGAAUAAACAGGAAACAAAAAAGACAUCUGAGCAACUGACCUUUCUUUCUUCGCACUCAUCAGGCUCUGAAGUCCUUCAGUCUGAAGGUGGAAAUCUGAACUCCUCAAAGGAAGUUUCUGAUUGCAAAAGUCCAAACUUUUCUGGCUCUGAAGUGACUAGCAUGUAUUACAGCAAAGAUUUUGAUUGCUUUGGAAUCAAUCCUGGCCGUCCUUUUGCUUUCCACCCUUUACAAAAUAUGGAAGGAAAUCGGCAGGGCAGUAACUGGGUUACAGCAGUUGAUGGCUGCUGCAACCUUUUUAAAGUAUAAGAGAGGAAAGGGACAUAAAAAAGGAUGGUUGCUUUAAUCGUGGAAUGUUUCUGGAUUAGCGAUCACCUUGUCCCUUUAGCCGCUACAAAGGAGUUUUGGUUGCAAAUUAUGUAUGAAGCUCCGCUAAGUGGUCAUUUUCUCUCUUUCUCUCUUCCAUUUGGUUGUGUUAUCGAAUGGCAAGUCAUCCUUUGGCUAUGAGGUUUUCAUUGUUGCUCGAUUCGAACUCUAAAGCUGCAUGGCUUCAGAGCGGUCGAGUAACAAGAGGCCUCUCUGUAUCAUAUUAAAAAAUUAUAAUCCUAAGGGGUUUAUUUACUUCAGUUUUUGAUAUUGCUUUGUUGUUGAAGUCUUAGACUCAUGACAUUGGGUUUGCUUUCUUAGCUAAACUUUGAAAGUCUACUCGUGCUAUUUGUGUGGCUGGAUUGUUAUGUGUAUAUGCUACUUUAAAUUUGUAAUAUAACUUCAAACUUUUGUUUUUUCCCUGUCAAAUGAGUUCUCUCCUGUA